GAGAAUGUUGCUAUCCACCACCCAUGAAGAAAGGUCCUCAGCCUAAAACCUCAUCACCCGAACAACACUCACCUUCUUCAUCAGCCUCUUCUCUUGAUAAAACCUCUCAUCAAGUUUAUAAUACUUCUUCUUCAUCAUCAUCAAUUAAAUCAACAAGUUUAUCAUCACAUAGACACAAUCCCUAUCAAACAACAACACCUUCAUCAUUACCUUCCUCUCAUUAUGACAUUUCUAAUAAUUCAUCAGAACCUGCACCAUUCAAUUAUCAAAUCAUUGAUUUAUACUUUGAUGUUGUGAGUGUUGGUUGUCCUGUUUUACAAAGAGAUGCCAUGUUGAUGAUUUGUUCGAAAAGACCUGAGGAAAAUUCAAAGGCUGAGGAAGUGGCAAUGCUCUAUGCUAUUCAAGCAUUGUGUUAUCAAAGAUUGGGAAGAAAACUGGAAGGAAGGGCAUCUUUCAAAAUGGCAAGAAAAUUCCUGUCGGAUGUUUUUGACAUUUUGGAUAAUUUUCAAAUUGCUGCUACAUUUCUAUAUCUUGCAAAUUUUUGUAUUGGAGAAGGAGAACCAAAUCAGGCCAAGUAUUAUUUGAAUAGUGUUCAAUUUUUCAUUGAUCAAAAUAAGGAACAAUUGGCAAAUGAUGAAUUGUUUGGAAAUUUGUGUAAAAUGUUCAUGUAUAUUGGAUUGUUAAUGAAGGAGGAUGCUGUUAUCUUCUCCAAUGAUGAAGGUCUUCAAGAAGGGGUUGGCACAGAUUUAAAGAAACAACUCAUUCUUUCAGAGAAGGCUCUUGUAGUCAUUUAUCAAUUCUUUGUCUUUUUCACACAACAUAUUUCAGAUGGUGAGUGUGGAAAGACAGUUCCACCAUCUACUUCUGAAAGUAUUUUACAGGAAUACAUUCUAACAAUCAAUAGUCAGGCAAUACAAUACAAUAGAUAUCAAUUGGAGAGCUCUCCAGCCAAAUCAAGUGUUCACAAACUUUUACACUUGUUUAUCAUUGAUGGAUUGAGAUUGGGAAUAUUAUUGAAAUCACCUAAUAAUGCUGAUGACGCUAUCAUUGAAAUUGCCAACAGAGUCACCAAUUAUUCCACCUUAAUGUACUUUCCUUAUUUACCUUCCCAUAUUAUCUCUGUUGUCGCUAAUGCAGCAAGAGUUCACCUGGCAAUUGUAAAACAAAUACAAAGAAGGGAGCGAUUUGAUAAUGGCGUGGAUUACCAUGACAUUAUUAGGAAAGAUCACAGAGCUUUAACCAUACUCGCUGACAGAUAUACCAUUGCAGAAAACAAGGCAAGAACUCUUGUUAAACAAUUACGUGAUGAGUUGGUAGAACGUGAAAAUCAAUUGGCUAGAAUGUACCGACAACCAACCCAGCAACAAUCUCUGCCUCAAUAUUCUGCCAUUGAUUUGCCAAAUGUAAUUCCAAAUGAUGAGGAAUCUUCACAAAGACUUGAAGAAAUGCUUGCCAAUAAUCCUGGUAUUGAUAAAUUGCCACCACUUCCAUCAUCAAAUGAGGAGCAAGCAUCUAGUCCAUUCCUAGAUUUUGACUUUUUCACCCCAUCCAAUAGUGAGAAUUUCUACACUGACCCACAAAUGUUACUGUAA